GAAUUUUUUUCAACAUUUCUUCGUUUGUCGGCCAUAGGUUCCUCCGUGCCUCGGCUGACCCAUGCUUGUGUGUUGUGUUCAAUGAUUUAUUGUUGUCCAGUAACAUUAUUAAUUGAGAUUAUUUGAGAUUAGGACUUUUUAUUUAUUCAAUACUGUUUUUCUUUUCGUCUUUGCUUGUUUCUUCAUUGAGUGCUAUAGGUGUGCGGGCUCAUUCUUUCUGUACAUUCGAUUUCUUACAAGCUUACUGGCUUUCAAAGUUGGAAACUCACCUCCUUACAAUGGCAUCCGCAACUCGUCUCCCUCUUAAAUCGAUCGCGUUUACUACGGCAGUGGCAGCGGCAGCAGGUAUCUCUCAUGUGAAUAUACAAAAAUUACUUUCCGAUGUCUUCACUGGACCGGGUAGUUAUUCACGGAUUGCAGCUACCGUUGUUAUCCUAGCCAAUUUGAAAAGUUUGCCUGGAGUUUGGCAUUUCCGAGUCUGGAAUGCAAUCCUCAAACAUCUCCUCUUCACCAUCCCAAACAUCCCUUCCGAUCUCGGUCCCGCAUCUCUCUUCCUCCCCGUCAUCACAACCUCCUAUGCUCCCCUCUGGGAAUGCGAUUACAAUUUCCACAAAUCGAAUAGUACCUAUUUUUCGGAUCUCGACGUGACGCGUUCGCAUAUCAUUUGUUGUCUUCUGCAACCGGGGAUUCAAGCUCUGCAAGCCAAUCCGAAAAAUAAACUGGUGCUGGAUAAGGAAGGGAAAGCGGUGCGGGGAAGAUGGGGAAUCAUGUUGGGAGGCGUGAUGUGUAAUUUCAAGAGGGAAAUAGGAAUCUAUGAGAAAUAUGAGAUGUGGAGUAGGAUCCUGUGUUGGGAUCGCAAGUGGGUUUAUGUGGUUACGCAUUUUGUGAAGAAGGGGACGGUGAGACCGAGGGGGUUUGUGUUGGGUGAUGGAAGUUGGUUUGGGGGUGGAAAUGCGAGGUUUGAGGAGAGGGAGGGAGAGGGUGGGGAUGCGGUCGAGGUGGAUGAGAAAGCUAUUUUUGCAAGUGCGGUUAGUAAGUAUGUGAUGAAAUUGGGACGAUUGACGGUUCAUCCAGAGGUGGUGUUGAAUGCUAGUGGGGUGUUGCCGGAGAGACCGGGGGGCUGGCAUAGUAUGGCUAAUUCUGGGGUUUCGACGCCGGAGAUGGAUGAGUCGUUUGUGGAGGCGAAGGUUGAGGAUGAGGAGGUUAAGGAGGGGGGAAGUGGGAAUGAAUGGAAUUGGGAGAGAGUUGAGAGGGAGAAUAAGAGAGGAUUACAAUUUGCGGAACAUUUUGCUGCGAUGGAGGGGUUGCAUCAGGAGUUUACUGGGAGUCAGGGACCGGCGUUGGGUAAAUAUAGAGAUUUGUUGUGAGGGUAUAUGGAAACUUUUUGCCGAGUCGAGACGUUGUUUGAUUUGCGAGUUCAUAUAGAUUAUAUUAGAAUAGAAUAGCCUGGACUAGAUCAGCUGGGAUGGAGUACAUAGAUUGUAAAGGAGCAUAUAGACUAAUAUAUAGACGAAAUAUCAAGACAAUUUUGGUAUCUAGGACAAGUGCAAGGCAUUUUUCCGAGCCAAUUUAUUUCUCUCCAGCGUAUCA